UUGUUAACACCAUAACAUAAAACUCCUUCAGAUUUAGUUACUGGGUUGCUACAAUUCUGCAAUGUUUCAACAAACAAACUUUCCUCGUUCCUCUCACCACUCAUCCCCUCUCUCUCUCCAUUCUUCUUCGGUUACCACACCAAACCAUAAUCUCUCUCUUCAUUUCUUCCGCAACUAACUUCCUCACUUCUCUUCGCCUUCCAAUGCUCAUACCUAUUCAAAUACAACCUUCUCUCUCCCUCACACUCUCCCAUCACUCUUUCAACAUCUCACCCUUUUUUUCUUACACCCUUUUCGAUCAAAAUGGAAAGCAAAUGGAGAAAAGUCAAGCUUGCCAUUGGGAUCAACACCUGUGUUCAACGUCCUAAAACCAUCGACAACCCCACCUCCUCCGACCGCCUUUCCCCCUCCUCCUCCGAACACCACCGCUCCGCCGCCUCCACCACCUCCACUUCCGGUCUCCGCCUCUCCAGAUCUAAAUCCAAAUCCUUCAAGGGAACAUGUGCAAUUUGCCUGAAUUCAAUGAAACCAGGGCAGGGACAUGCCAUAUUUACUGCAGAAUGUUCUCACUCUUUCCAUUUCCAUUGCAUCACAUCCAAUGUGAAACACGGGAACAAGAUUUGUCCCGUUUGCAGAGCGAAAUGGAAAGAGGUUCCUUUUCAGAGUCGUUCUUCUAAGGUCUCCCAUGAAAUCAACCGAGUAAAUAAUUCAUCGGGAAAUGAUGAAUGGGCAACUCUUAUAGGGAGGUUUGCCUCCCAUCAAACUGUUACAGGACCACAGCAUGCAUAUUCUAACAAUGUUUCUGAACCAGCUAUCUUUGAUGAUGAUGAUGAAGUAUUGGUUCAACAAACUUCAGUUACCGAUGAUUUGAACGAGGCUCAUCACAAUGUAAUAGACCCAAUGGAGAUCAGAACAUAUCCUGAACUUUCAGCUGUUGCAAAGUCAGACUCUCAUGAUAACUUUGCUGUAUUAAUUAAUCUCAAAGCUCCUCCUCGUUCAGGGAGACAAAGAAACAAUACUGAAUCAUCAUCAUCAUCAUUAUCAUAUUUAUCAGCACUAAAUUCUCGUGCUCCAAUUGACCUUGUCACUGUUCUCGAUGUGAGUGGCAGCAUGUCAGGCACAAAGAUUGCACUACUAAAACGAGCUAUGGGGUUUGUCAUAGAGAAUCUGAGUUCAUCAGACAGGCUUUCUGUGGUUACCUUCUCUUCCACAGCCCGGCGCAUCUUUCCUCUUCGGAGGAUGACUGUUGCCGGAAAACAGGAGGCACUGCAGGCGGUUAAUUCAUUGGUUCCGAAUGGUGUGACAAGCAUUGCAGAAGGCUUGAGGAAAGGUGCCAAAGUGUUUGCUGACCGCAGGUGGAAGAACCCAGUUGGCAGUAUCAUACUACUCUCUGAUGGACAGGAUUCAUCCAUAAACAGUAGCAGCCUCAAUCUUGGAACCGAUGAUUACCGGUCUCUUGUCCCAAACACCAUUCAUCGGAGCAGUUCUAUGGGCCAGCACAUACCCGUGCAUGCAUUUGGCUUUGGUGUUGACCAUGAUGCUACAGCAAUGCACACAAUCUCCGAGAUCUCUGGGGGUACUUUUUCCUUCAUUGAAGACGAGGAUGUGAUUCAGGAUGCAUUUGCACAGUGUAUUGGGGGACUAUUGAGUGUGGUGGUUCAGGAAUUACAGGUAGAAGUUGAAUGUGUUCACCCCCGUCUCCAACUUGGUUCAGUAAAAGCCGGAAGUUACCAAACUAGCACCAUAGGCAGUGGAAAAAUGGCAACUAUCAAGGUAGGAGACAUGUAUGCUGAAGAAGAAAGAGACUUUUUGGUGACAGUGAAUGUUCCGGUGGAGAAGUCCAGUGAUGAGAUGCCUCUGUUGGUAGUUAGAGGUGUUUACAAGGAUCCGAUCACAAAAGCAAUGAAGGGUAUGGGAGUGAAAAAUGAAGUAAAGAUUGAGAGACCUGAUGUAGCUAGAGAUGUAGUUGUGUCGCUAGAAGUAGACAAGCAGAGAAACAGGCUUCGUGCUGCUGAGGUAAUGGCUGAGGCUAGAGUUAUUGCAGAACGUGGGGAUUUGUCUCUUGCUGCUUCUGUUCUAGAGAGAUGUCACGAAGCUUUGUCUGAAACUAUCUCUGCCAAAGCUGGUGAUCAACUAUGCAUGGCACUUUGUGCUGAACUGAAGGAAAUGCAGGAAAGGAUGGCAAACCAACGUGUGUAUGAGCAUUCUGGAAGGGCUUAUGUUCUUUCAGGAUUGUGUGCUCACUCAGGGCAAAGGGCAACUGCACGAGGAGACUCUACAGACAGCACCAGUUUUGUGAAUGCAUACCGAACCCCUUCCAUGGUAGACAUGGUUUCACGUUCCCAAACAUUGAUCAUGAGGCCUGAACCUGUAAAUCUCCUCAAACCUGCUAGAUCUUCUUCUAGCAGGCACCAGCGCAGAAAAUAGUAUUGCAGAUUUCAGUUUUCUCCACACAAACACUUUUCUGUGGAGAUCUUUAAGUUUCUUCUUUUACCUUCUUUUUUUCGUUAUGGUUUUGGUAAGGUGUGAGGAAUUAUGGAAAGUGGAAUGGAAUGAGUUCCUAGUAGUUUUGUGCACAUUUUUUUGCUUUUAGUUGAAUUGUACAUGUUUAGGAGAAGUGGGGGUAUAUAUAGCAACGUAACAGUGGAGAAAUUCGAGAGAAUUUCUUCAUGGAGUUACAUAUAUGGUAUACUUCUGAUUCUUUUUUAUAGUAUUAAUACUUCUUUAGCU